CCUGCCCUGCCCCAGCCCUUGGCAGCCUUCAGAUCAGGACAGCUUGUGCCCGCCCUCAGGAAGGUAGAAGGAGGGGAACAGUGGCUUCUUAAUAUGUCCCUCGCUUCAGGCCCUGGCCCCCAGUUAUUACUCUUUUCUCUAGGAAUGGGGCUAGUGUCAGGGUCCAAGUGCCCAAACAAUUGUCUGUGUCAAGACCAAGAAGUAUUUUGCACAAAUAUGCAGCUAACGGAAUAUCCACUUAACAUUCCUCUGAACACCCGGAGGCUAUUCCUGAGCAAUAACAAAAUCACUAGUUUACCAGCUUUGCAACUAGGAUUCCUCAGUGACCUUGUUUACCUGGACUGUCAGAACAACCGGAUUCGAGAGCUGAUGGAUUAUACCUUCAUCGGGGUCUUCAAACUCAUCUACCUUGAUCUCAGCUCCAACAACCUAACUUCCAUCUCCCCAUUCACCUUCUCAGUGCUCAACAACCUGGUGCGGCUGAACAUUUCCAACAACCCUCACCUGUUGUCUCUUGACAAAUACAUCUUUGCCAACACCAGCUCUUUGAGGUACCUGGACCUCAGAAACACUGGAUUGCAGACCAUGGACCACGAUGCCUUGCACCACCUGGUGGUACUCCAGACCCUGUAUCUAAGUGGAAACCCCUGGAAGUGCAACUGUUCUUUCCUGGAGUUUGCCAUCCACUUAUUAGUGGCUGAAAUAGACCACCCAGAUGGUCAGAAUGCCACGUGUACGGAGCCCACUGAGCUGUCAGGGUGGCCCAUCGCACGGGUGGGGAACCCACUCCAGUACAUGUGCAUCACACACCUGAACCACCAAGACUACAUCUUCCUACUGCUCAUCGGCUUCUGCAUCUUCGCUGCAGGCACUGUGGCCGCCUGGCUCACAGGUGUGUGUGCUGUGCUAUACCAGAAUGCCCGCCGAAAGUCAGGUGGGGAUGAUACCGAAGAUGAGUCUGGGAAUAGGGUCACCAAGCAGAUUUUCCGAAGAAACGCUUACUCCAGCCAGGGUCGAUUCCCUCAUCUGAUCUAGCUGUCAGAGAGCACUACCAAUUGUGCCUUCCCUGGUCUGGCUCCCUGCUUUCUCUCUCACCCUCCCAUCUUACCACCACUGUCUUGGAGACUGAAACCUC